AUGAUUUACGAACUAAACUUCUAUAUUAGCCAAAUCAAGGACCUCCUGGACCGAUGGAGCGCUCUUCGAGAACGAGAGACUUCACAAGCUGCACAGAUUUCAGGAGAUUUGUCACAGAGCAAGCAGCCCAUGUCCCAUCGACUCAAUUUUGACAUGCACUUUCCAGCGCCCGACGACAAUGACGGUUCUUUCUUGUUCUUCGGAUCCUCUUCCGUCUAUGUGCUCUCCAUAGAGCUUUUGGCAAUUGCUUGCCCAGAAUCUACCAUGUUGAGGCCACCUGAAAACGUGAGCGGGAGAGAUAAUGGAAUCCAACAACCCAGCGUUCAAAGUUUGGACAAUGUGUCGCUGAGGGUGAUCCCCUCAAAAGUUGAUAUACUCAAACUCUUCGAUACAUAUCAGGAAUCAUGUAUGAUUUUCUGGCCCUUCCCGAUCGAAUCAGUCAGCGACGACGACAUCGCGACCUUCCUUCAAUCUACCCAGGAAGCAACUUCCGAUUCCGGACCACCUACCAGAGUAGGAGCAUAUUCAAAUUUCCUCAUAGCAAUGAUAUGCUCCAUCUCGGCAGCCCACAGCUCUCGGACAAUAUCUACGAUGGGGGCAUAUGAAGACUUCUUUUACCGCUGUGCCCUGAAAUUGAUGAAGGAAGUUCUCUCUGAAGCAACUCACGAAUCCCUGAGGGGUUUGAUGAUGAUUAUCAUUUAUCUUCUUUUUCGGCCACAAAGGGGAGACUUGUGGAUGCUUCUACAAUCAGCCUGCAGAUUGGCUGUCGAGCUUGGGUAUCACAGGCAGGAUGCGCCUUUCUCAGAGGACUUUGAUCAGAGAUCUUGGAGAAGUUACACUUUCUGGUCGCUCUACCGACUUGAACACACCGUCGCUGAGGUAUAUGGCCGGCCUUCGGAUGAUUUGGAGUCGAUUAGCACGAUCGAACUUCCACCCAUGGCCCUUCCGAGUUUUGAUAUGAAACGACUUUCCACUCUUACGGGCACGACGUUUGUGGCCUUGGUCGGCUUGAGUCGCAUUCGAUCAGAAAUCUUCAAAACUCUGUAUCUUCCGGCAAGCGCUUCCCCCCUGGGCCUGGAGGACCCGUUUUACUUGGCCAAACUCAGGCAGAUUGAAAAAUGGUGUCAAAAAACAAUGGGAGGCGUCAAAGACAGAUUCAGCGAUGUUGUCUUCAGAAUUGCUUACCAUUCGGCGAUGAUUUUCCUUUUUCAGAAGUCGUUACUUCGGGUCAUUUCCAGCAUCGGAGAGUCACCGAUUAAUCAGCAGAGGAUGGCCAGCAGUGUUGCGGUCCAAAGCUUCAAAUCCGCGGGCCACCUCAUCGACAUCUAUGAGACUCUCAUCUUGUCUGACGAAGGACAAGGACUCUCGAACUAUCCAGUGACAUUUGUCUCCGCACACGAGAUAUAUGCUGCCGGCUUGACGCUCAUGGCUCAUUGUAUUUGUCUCCUGGAUGGCCGUGUGGGCCGGAUUGAGUUCCCAAUCCACUCGUCUCAGCCUCUGUUGCAAGCCACUUCUUCACCUCUUCAUCAAAGUUUCUUCACGCAUGAGGAAACGGGACGAAUCCAUGCGCUCUCGGCAACAUGUCUGUCGCUCCUGACAUGGUGUGCAAUCCAAUGGCCCGGCAUGAGUGGCAUGGUUGAGAUUUAUAGGGAAGUAUCGGCCACCACCCUCCCAAUGAUGGCUCGACAAGGACUAGCAUAG